GCCAGGGUGGAGGGAGAGCGAGAUGUGGGGAUGCGCUCUGGCCGAAGAAUCAGUUUCCCCGAAAGCGGCCGGGCACCGAGCGUUCAGACCUGCGGGUCAGGCAGGGAUAGCUUGAGGCUAGGCUACUCGCGGAUGUGCCCUGAUGGGGCGGGGAGCUGCUCCAAGUGUCAGGCUACUGCGUGAGGGGAGAGGGGGUCACCAGAGAAGGGAAGCGACAGAGAAGCUGCAGGAGUGUGAGGGAACGCGUAGGUACCCGGGCAGCAGCUUCCCGCUGCCUGCAGCCAGGACAGCAGCCGGAACAGCAGGGGGAGGAGCAACAGCUGCUGAAUUCGCCAACUAGAGGAGGGGGAGGCGGAGCCUGGGUCCCUGUAGCAGCCGAAGGCGCAGCCUGGACUGUAGUUUCCCGGGAGAGAGAGCAGGAACAGGAGCGGAGCGCAGUCCUUGGAAGCCUCAGGUCCAGCAUCCCGCCAGGGGUUGCAGGUGUGUGGGAGGCUUGAGAUUAUUCCAGCAUGGCUUUUCUUGGACUCUUCUCUUUGCUGGUUCUGCAAAGUUUGGCUUUAGGGACCACUUUCACUGAUGAAACCAUUGCUGAGUUGUCAGUGAAUAUGUAUAACCAUCUUCGAGCCACUGGGGAGGAUGAAAAUAUUCUCUUCUCUCCAUUGAGCAUCACCCUUGCAAUGGGAAUGUUGGAACUUGGGGCCCAAGGGUCUACCCUGAAAGAAAUCCGUCACUCAAUGGGAUAUGACAGCCUGACAAAUGGUGAAGAAUUUUCCUUCUUAAAGGAUCUUUCUCACAUGGUAACUGCUGAAGAGAGCCAGUAUGUGAUGAAAAUUGCCAAUUCCCUCUUUGUGCAAAAUGGAUUUCAUAUCAGUGAAGAGUUUUUGCAAAUGAUAAAGAAGUAUUUUAAUGCAGAAGUCAAUCAUGUGGACUUCAGUCAAAAUGUAGCUGUGGCCAACUAUAUCAAUAAGUGGGUGGAGAAUAACACAAACAGUCUGUUGAAAGAUUUGGUAUCCCCAAGGGAUUUUGAUGCUGUCACUCAUCUGGCCCUCAUCAAUGCUGUCUAUUUCAAGGGGAGCUGGAAGUCACAAUUCAGACCUGAAAAUACCAGAACUUUUUCCUUCACUAAAGAUGAUGAAAGUGAAGUCCAAAUUCCAAUGAUGUACCAACAAGGAGAAUUUUAUUAUGGGGAAUUUAGUGACGGCUCCAAUGAAGCUGGUGGCAUCUACCAAGUGCUGGAAAUACCAUACGAGGGAGAUGCAGUAAGUAUGAUGCUGGUACUGUCCAGACAGGAAGUUCCCCUGGCCACCCUGGAGCCAUUGGUUAAGGCACAGCUGAUUGAAGAGUGGGCGAACUCUGUGAAGAAGCAAAAGGUGGAAGUGUACCUGCCCAGGUUCACAGUGGAACAGGAAAUUGAUUUAAAAGAAGUUUUGAAGGCUCUUGGAGUAACUGAAGUUUUCAUCAAAAAUGCAAAUCUGACAGCCUUGUCUGAUAACAAAGAGAUUUUCCUUUCCAAAGCAAUUCACAAGUGCUUCAUAGAGGUCAAUGAAGAAGGCUCAGAAGCUGCUGCUGCCUCAGGAAUGAUUGCAAUUAGCAGGAUGGCUGUGCUGUAUCCUCAAGUUAUUGUCGACCAUCCAUUUUUCUUUCUUAUCAGGAACAGGAGAACAGGUACAAUCCUAUUCAUGGGACGAGUCAUGCACCCUGAAACCAUGAACACCAGUGGACAUGAUUUUGAGGAACUUUAAAUCAUUUUAUUUGAGUAACAAAGAAAAUAGUAACUAAGCACAUUAUGUUUGCAACUGGUAUAUAUUUGAGACUUGUGUUUUACAAUAUAUCUUAAAAUAAUAUUUAAAAUAGUUCCUGAUAAAAAUAAUGUAUGUAAAUUAUAAGCCAACUUGUCAAGGAAUGUUAUCAGUAUUAUCAAGGUAAUGGUCCUGUCAUUUCAUUGUGUUUGUUGUGCUAGUAUUUAAAAUAAAAAUACACAGUGAACAUGUCAA